AUGCCCCCUCUUGAUGAACUCGAAUUUGCUCCUGCACUUCCAUUAUGGCCAGGACCGUGGCAGUGCGACUAUCCCACCCACAUUCGAUGCUGGACAGAUUGGUUUGACAGAGAUGACCCCUCUGGCAGUGGAGACUGGGAAACCCUCUCCAGUCUUCGCAGACAAAACCCUGGAAAGAUCUGCCGCAACCCAACCGGUAUUGAAGCCCAAACUCUUUCUGGACUCAGUUUGCUCGCAGCAGGGGAUGUGACGUAUAGAAAUGAUCCAAAAACAGGAUUCAUCUGUUUAAACAAGAACCAACCUGGGAGGAAGAUGUGCAAUGACUUUCGUGUUCGCUUUGUCUGCCAUCCCCCUUUCUGUGGUGGAGAAGUAUGUUGGACCAAGUGGUACGAUCGAGACAAUCCCAGUGGAACAGGGGACUGGGAGCAGCUUUCUAAACAGAGACAGAAGGCAGCAAGCAAAGACGAAAUCUGCGAGUUCCCUCUGUACAUUGAGGCUGUUACCAUUGACACAAAUACUCCAGCCAUGAACACAGGGCAGAAAUUCUUUGCCUACAAUCCAACUGAUGGAUUUAUUUGCCGCAACAAGGACCAGAGGUAUGGCAAGUGUCGUGACUACAAAGUUCGGUAUGGAUGCCCAUGCAACCACUGAGGCCUGACUCUCCAACACUGAAAAUGAUCAGGAGGGGAGAAAUCCAUGAUCAUGACUUUUAAAAACUUUCUCUGCUGUUUCUUUCCUUUCAUGAUUAAUUUUUACUGUGGUUAAUGAAAGAAAUAUUUGUAGUAGGCCUUUUUCACAGAUAUUGUCACUUGUUAUAGUUAGAAAAGCAAAGGUACUAUAUUAAAAAUGGUUUUGUUCACUUCGAAUGUCCUUGUAAGACAUAACAAUGUGACAGUUUGACCACUAUGCACAAUACCAGAACUCUAAAGUUGCUUAAUUCAACCAUUUUUAAUUUUAUUACUUACACCUUUGCCUUUCUUACAGAAUGUGCUCAGUGAAAGUUUGGCACAUUAUGUGAUUUUGUCUGUCUUUGUUUUCUUUUUAGUAAUUUUGAAAUCAGUCUUGUUUGGCUAAUGUUGGAAACAAAUUAAGAAUCAACAGCAAUAAAGCUACUAAUG